UCGUCGUGAGCUCUUAAUCCGGAAGACGAUGUCGAUACAUAUUUUGAUUUUUUUAAUAUUUACUUGUGAAAUCAAUGCUUCCUGUACAGAUCCUCGUCAUGAUCAGCAACAAUUUUGUGGAGCACAAAAUGCGUUUACAGCGGUGGUUGACGGGGUAUGGGGACCAGCGGGAGACCCCUUCGACAGAACAUAUAGAGUGACUGUUAAAAACAUAUAUAGGGGUUCUGAUAUUGUCCCGAAUACAACUAUUACCUUGUAUGGAAGAUCACAUUCUUGUGGUCCAACAAUCCUCGAUAUAAAGAAGGAGUAUGCAAUUUAUGCAACAAAGUACGGCCCUCGAUUGGAAGUUGUCACCCAUGAGGAAGUUCCUCCGGCCUCCAUCGCCCGACUGAAGAUGUACGAUUGCUCCUGUCAGAUCGAAAUUCACAAACCUAAUAUGUCCAAUACAUUGAGGUAUGAAGAUUCAUUGGAUAAAUGUAUUAUAACCACGCAUGGCCGGGACUGCCAAUUCAGGAAUGGCUACUGCAAGAAAACAAAUAACCUUUGUUCAUGGGAACUUUUUCCUCGUGCAUACCACAGAACGAACUGUGUCCAGAACGUGUGAAAAUGCGUUAUUUACUGCUUACAUGUUAUUCUUAAACAUUUUAUUAAUGACAAUGGAAAUAUAUCAUACACACAUCUCA